UUGUGGCUGACAAAAUGAUCAUCUUGAAGGCAUUCAAGGACCUGACGCGAAUGAAAAAUAUUCUUUAUCAAGAGUUACCCCACUCCAUUAGUGUUCUUGGUGGAUUGCAUCAUAUUCUGCAAAACAAUGUGUUUCAACUAAAGAUGUGCGUCGACUCCUGGCCUACGUUCAGCACGGCCAUCUGCUACCAUCAAAAUCAGAUUGGGAGUAAUUUCAAGGAAAUCAAUGAGAAAUACAGCAUCUUCUCCAAAAACCAAAACUCUUUAAGAAGUCUGCUGACUGAUGACAAACUCAAGUGGAGAGACGGACUUGAAUUUGAAGUUGCAAAUCAUCACUCUCAAAUCGUCCGUGAAAUUGCUUCUCUCAGAGGAUUCCAUGUUGAGGAAGAUGGAGGUUACUAUUCCUACAUCAACUACAGCCCAGAGAAGUUGAUCAUGUCGGAAAAGACGUCCACGCUAGCAACAUCUACUUUGAAUGAGUCCCAUGCAGAGCUUGUGGUCCAACAGUUGCCUUAUGGAGGAAGCGACGAGAUCAAUCGAGUGAAAGCAUAUAUCCGACAUCUGCCAAACCGCUGUGUGGUGGAUGAGAAGGGACAUCCCGUGUCUUGGGUGCUGACUGAUGAGUUCCAUUGCCUCAGAAUGGCUUACACUCAACCAAAGUACAGACGGAAAGGUCACGUUGGCCAUUUGCGGUUUACUUUGGUCCAACAAAAAAUAUCUGAAGGUUUGCCCGUCUUCUGCCAAAUCCAUAAAGACAACGCGGCCUCUAUUAGUAUGAUGAGUAAGGCUGGCUUCACCCGUGGUGUGGAGACGACCUAUCUGAUGGUGAAGGCUGAGGGGUAAACUUGCAAAUAAAACUAUUUGCUUUGAAACCAUAUACCUUGAAUUAAUAUAUAUUUAUAACAACAUCAAUAGAUGACCUUGAUACUAGGUCUACAUUUUUGGGCCUCAUCAUGAAUAUUAAAACAUUCUUCUAAUGAGAAAGAGCAGCAGUGUUGAAAAUAGCACAAGAAGAUUUAUCUUUCCAAAGCUACAGAGAGAAAAUCUGGAGAAGACAAAUUUAGGUGUUGUAAUUCGUCAAUUAAAGCCAAUAUAUUUUCCAAGUCAGGACUGACUCCCCCCGAUUCAAAUAUAGUUCUUAGUGAUAAAUUCAAUAAAAUGGUACUUUGCAGUUAAACACUGGAUGUAAUGCACUCCUGAAAAAUUAAAGGCAGAGCAAAAAUGUCAGUUCAACAUUCAUCUCAGCGACCAAAUAUGGUUUUACAAUCAAGUUAAGGUGGAAGAGAUAAAUUGGCCUAAGUGGAGCAGCUAUUCCCUGCAGUUUGAACAGUGUGAAACAAAUGUCCUGUUUGUUUCAACCCAUAAUAACAAACUAUCAGUUCCAAUUAGUGUUUGUCUAACCAUUCACCUGCAACUUCAAAGUUGUAAUCUUUAAAUAUAACCCAAUGUGGGUGGACUGAAGUCCUGCUUGUACUGUAUAUUAGCAUUUAGUGCCUACUAUUUCUUUUAAAAUGGUAAUUUUCACAACAGAGCAAAAUGUUAAUCAGAAUUGUAAACAUAGAUUCAUUGGGCAUCUUGUGAUGAAAGUUGCAGAGGCUCUUUUAAUGUUUUUGACACAAUGUCAAAUAAAAUAUGCUAACUGAAUUUGGACUACAUUCUCACUAAAUGCAAUUUUGGUGCAGUUACUUUUGUUAUCAGUGGUUUCAACAUUCGUUUUAUACCAGGAAGAUUACAUGAGAACAAGAUGUCCUGUGAAAAUAUAUAAUACUAUAUUUACAAAAGGUUUCUCUCUUUUUAAGACAGAAUAUCUCUCACAGUAAUAUGUUUCUAGUUAUCGGAGAUGUGACAUCUUUGAAUGAAUGUGGGUAUGAUGAGAAUGGAGAGGAUGUCUACUUUCUAUGUAUAUGUUAUUUUCUUAAUACAGUAGAUUACCACAAAAAGCUUGUAAAAUGAUAUGUGCAAAACACGUUGACGCUAUUGGACGAAAAAAACAAAAAAUGCAUUCUGUCAGCCCACCUCAGUAGACAUCAUUUCAGUUAACAUCAAAGAAAUAACUGCUUAUGCGGCUCGCUUCUUUUUUCUUUGGCUUUUUGAAGACUGAAGAGAGAAAAAGAUGUGCGGGAAGAAAAGAAGCAUAACCUUGAUAUUAAAGAAAUCUGUCCAACUGAGCACAAAUGU